AGCUCUGCUGUGCAUAUGGGAAGGGGAAACCUGUCAGCCGUGACUGAAUUCAUCUUCACUGGCUUCCCGCAGCUCCAAGAUGGCGGCCUCCUGUACUUCUUCCCCCUACUUUUCGUCUACACUUUUAUUGUCAUCAGGAACCUGAUGGUCUUCUUUGCUGCCCGGCUGGACACCCGUCCUCACAACCCCAUGUACAAUUUCAUCAGCAUCUUCUCCUUCCUGGAGAUCUGGUACACGACAGCCACCAUCCCCAAGAUGCUCUCCAACCUCAUCUGCGAGAAGAAGACCAUCUCCAUUACUGGCUGCCUCCUGCAGAUGUACUUCUUCCAUUCGCUGGGAAAUCCCGAGGGGAUGCUGUUGACCACCAUGGCCAUUGACAUGUACAUUGCCAUCUGCAACCCUCUCCGCUACCCGACCAUUAUGACCCAGCUGUGUGCUCAGCUCUCUGCAGGCUCCUGCAUCUUGGGUCUCCUCAUCCUGCUUCCUGAGAUUGUGAUGAUUUCCACACCGCUUCUCCGUGGGCCCAACCAAAUCUGUCAAAUCUUCUGUGACUUGGUCCUCACGCUGAGCCUGGCCUGUACAGACACGUCCACGAUUCUGGUUGGAGAUGUGAUCCAUGCUGUGGCCAUCAUCGUUACCGUCCUAAUCAUUGCCCUGUUCUCUAUCAGGAUGGUCACUGUGGUCCUGAGGAUCCCCUCUGCUGAGGGCGGGCAAAAGGCCUUUUCUACCUGUGCAGGCCAUCUCGCUGUGUCCCUGAUUUUCUUAGGCCACGUGUCCCUCAUGUAUUCACGAUUCAAUGCCACCUACCUCCCAGUCCUGGACACCACAACUGCACUGAUGUUUAUUAUCUUUGCCCCCUUCUUCAAUCCCAUCAUCUAUAGUCUGAGAAACAAGGACAUGAAGAACACGAUUAGAACACUGUUCACCUUCAGAAAACGUUCGACACGUUUGGAGGAAAGCUCGCUCAUCACUCCAGAAGCUGGCCGUGUGCUUCAGGCAAUAGAUCUUGGGAAAGUUCUCUAUUUCAUUAUGGAUCAUGGAUUACCUGAUUAG